GAACCAACUGCUGUCUCCGCGUUACUCUACGCAUGCAUGCAUGUAUAUAAACAUGCAUAUGGCGCGCAAUUGUUUUCGACGAUUACUAUAUCGCAUGAUUCUUCUGCAUCUCCUGAAACUAGCAUGGGUUCUGAGGCGCCUGACCCUGCCGUUGCUGCAUCCGUGCCUCUCGUCCGCCUGAACCACGUCUCCUUUCAGUGCACGUCGGUGGAAAAGUCCGUCGACUUCUACCGCCGAGUGCUUGGCUUCGAGCUCAUCAAGCGGCCGGAGUCCCUGAACUUCAAUGGAGCUUGGCUAUACAAGUACGGGAUGGGAAUACAUCUGCUGCAGCGGGGCGACGACGCCGACGGUUGCAGCAUCCCGACAAGACCGCUGCCGGCGAUCAACCCGAUGGGAAACCACGUUUCCUUCCAGUGCUCAGACAUGGCGGUCAUGAAGGCGAGGCUACGAGCCAUGGACCGGGAGUUCGUCGUGAGGAAAGUGUGGGACGGGGAGACGGUGGUGGACCAGCUCUUCUUCCACGACCCCGACGGCAAUAUGAUCGAGGUCUGCAACUGCGAGAACCUCCCCGUGAUACCCCUCAUCGUUGCAUCGACGCCCGGGCUUCCUGAGCUGCUGCCGCCGGCGAUGCAGACCAAUGUCCAUGGCUAGCUCGAGCUACGUUCUUAUGUCUCUCCUUUGUACAUAAAUACAUGAUUAAAUUUCAUUCGUUUGAAUUGGUUCAUUCGUACGUUAGUUGUAAGUAUUCUAUUUGCUGCACCAUGCAUACACGUUAGUUGUAGUAAUUGAUUGCUGCCAAGAUUACAUUACUGCCCAAUAUAUAUAUAUAUAUAUAUGAACAAGUUGUUUAUAUAUAAUAAAGUGUUUUAAGUGUUCCAAGUC